AUGAGCUUUGAUAACAUGAAUGUUUUAAGUAACUACGUGAUAGAAGACCACACAAAGCCAGGAACUCCAAUAUCUCGAAUUUUCGAAAUUCAUCGGCCAAUGAUAACAUUGGAUUAUGAUGGAAUUUAUAAUUUUAUCAAUGGCGUAUUCAUCCUUCAGGUUCGAACUUCACCACUACAAACUCAAGCGAUUGUUGCUAGUGAAACCGGCAAUAACAAGGUUUUGACAUUCGAAGGAUCAGCUGAAUUAACAUCUCAUACUCAACAUAUGAAAUUGAAAGGUAGGGCGGGGUAAAUUUUGGGGGUAUGGAGCUAAAAACGUGGGUUAAACUAUUAUAAAGCAAGUGUAAUAUGCCAAUAUAUGCCUUCACUUCCAGGUCAAAUGAUGUUAAUAGAGAACCGUGAAGAAAUCAUUUUUAUGGGAUCACCAUUCGUUUCUACUGUCAAUGACCUAUACAAAUAUGGAAUACGACUGUCAGAGAUACCUUUACACGAUUCGACACGAGAUAUGUUGUUCUUGAAUGAAACAAGGAGUGGAGACAACAAAGAUGAGAAUAUUUUGAAUCGACAAGUCUUGGAAGCGGAGAAACUUGAAGAAGAAAUAGAAAAAGCUAACCAAGUAUUGGAGGAUUUGAUCAAUGAGACAUUUCCUAAAAGCUUGGGCAAGCAGGUCAUCGACCGAAGCAUUUGGGAGGCUCGUAAGUACUUAUUUUACCGUAACAUACCUAUACUACAGAAAAAAUUUAUCAUUAUCUUUUUUAAAACUUCAUUUUUAGACUCCUUUGGAAGCGCUACAGUGAUGGUAGUUGACUGCCCCAUGAUCCUCAAGCUCUUAACCAAAGGCAAGCCCUCCGAACUGAUGCAAACCAUCGACAAGCUUCUAACCAAAUACGACAGAAUCAUCAAACUUCACGAAGCCUACAAGGUUAACGUCGUUGGAGAUUCAUUCAUGGCGAUUUGUGGCGCUCCAGAUGCCGUAGAUUCUCACUGUGAACGAAUGUGUCAUGUAGCCUUGGGGUUACAAUGGGAAACUCAUUGUACUUUGGACAAGAAUAAUGAACCAUUGACUAUGAGAUGUGGGAUUAGUACUGGCAGUAUUAUUGCUGGAGUUACUGGCGGUAGAACUCAACGAUACUGUGUGUUUGGGCUUACUGUAGGCGAAGCUGCUCAAUUAUUGAAUCAAUGCCCUCUUGGGAGGGUUCAUGUCAACUGUGAGGUGGUUAGGUAAGAGUGAACAUUGAAAGAGUCGUAAAAAUUUUUAAAAUUGAAUUUUUGUAUAAGGCAUGUACUUUUAAAAUACAAAUUUAACUAUUUUUAGUGCGGCCGAAACAACUGGACGAUUUGAAUUUGUGUCGAAAGGCUUAGCUUCUUUACGUGGUUUUGGCAUUCAAGAAACAUUUUUCUUACUCAAAAGUUACAAGAAAUCAGUUUGGGAAAUCAUUGGAAAAGAGAGAGGUAAGCUUAUUUGGAUUAGGUAGGGUAGGUUAAAGCAUAGCGUAUUUGGGUAGGGUAAGGCGGUUUAAAACAGUAAUCUGUUGAAGGGAAGCAAAGUAGAUGGGUAGAGUAAAAUACGUCAAGCAAGAUAGAUCAUAGUGGGAUAAAAUACAGUAUGGUAGUAGAAUAAAGUAAUCAUCCUAAAACUUUCUAAUGUUUCUAGACGUUAAUGUUCAUUCAAUUGACGGCUACGCGGAGUUGUUUGCUGGUCUGCGAAGCGACGUAAAAUUAAUGAAAUAUCCAGAUUCUACUAUAUCUACAAAGGCUUGCAACUUGUUAUAA